AUGAAAUUACGACUAAGGAAUAGUCUAUGUUGGCAAAGAUAUUCAAGAAAUUCCACAGUUCAUGGAAUAAAAUAUUUGGUAGAUGAUGAUUUGCAUCCGGCUGAGAGGAUUUUCUGGUUCAUUCUCCUCGCAUUGGCGGUGUUUGGAACAGUAAAUGUGUCACUUUUGCUCUCCCGAAGAUUUUCCAGUAGCCCCCUGGCUACGGUUAUCGAGAGUACAAUUUAUCCCGUGUCGGAAAUUCCAUAUCCGGCCGUCACCAUUUGCACCAGCAACCGCAUUAAUUGGUCCCAUGUGGAUGAUGCGGUGGGCCAGUACGCAGCAAGUGUAGGUGGUAAUUUGGCAAAUAUGACGGUAACACUGAAAUACUUCCUGGCCGAGGGCAUUGAGAGAAUGCUCAGUGAUGAAUUUGACUUGGUUAGAAACUUCCCACAGAACAACCAUCAAUCUCAUAGGGAGUUGGAGCACAUCAAUUUCGGUCAGUUACUGCACGAGAUCUCACCCAGAUGCAGUAAUAUAUUCAAAGAACCUUGCUGGUGGCGCAAUAAAUAUGUCAACUGUUGUACCAUCUUUGUCCACCAAGUCACAACAUAUGGUCACUGUUUUGCUUUCAAUGCGCUGUACAAUGAAGAAGCUGCACGGCAUUUGAAUGAAACAGACUGGCCAUGGCGUACGAGCAACUAUGGUGAUUGGAGUGGUUUGAGGGUCACCCUGAGGAACCCCCAGGCACGUGGCAUCGGUGUAAUUAUCCACCAUCCAAUUGAAUGGCCACAAACGGCUAAAUUCAUUCCCACGGGAUCAAUUGCAAUCUUCAGUAUAACACCAACAUUCUCCUACAGUAGCUCAAGUGUCGGGCGAUUCACACCAACCCAGAGGGGGUGUCUUCUUGAGAGUGAAAUCAGCGAUGAGGAGACAGUGAUGAGUCUUCCUGGGCUGAAAUAUCACCUGGAAAAUUGCAUUGCAGAGUGCCGACAGCGAUAUAUGGUGCAAUAUUGCAAUUGCACAGUUGAUUUUAUGUAUCCCACGGGCUCCUAUCCCAUUUGCAAUGCAACAGGGCUCCGAUGCAUUGGGAAUUUUGUUGGUAAAUGGAGGAAAUACACCGUACUCCAGCCACAUAUACACACACCCAAGGAUACAACGUUGUGUGCUACAUGCCUCCCACAAUGCCGCCAUGUGACUUACAGCAUCGCAACCGAAUCAAACACGCUUCCAGCGGAGGAUAGAGAUCUAAUAACAUUGGACAUUCACUUUCGAUAUGCUACGAUGGUGAAAUAUAGGACGUAUGUUGUAUACGAGUUCCUGGAUUUAAUAGUUGCAUUUGGAGGAAUUGCUGGAUUAUUCCUGGGUUCAUCACUCUUGAGCAUCGUGGAAAUCCUCUAUUAUAUAUUAUGUGGGAUAUUUAGGGCUAAUAAUAUCCCAUCUUAA